AUGAGUCACCAACAUGAUCAUGCAGCUAUGAUGGCUAGUACAACUCCAUUGAUGAACCAUGACCAUCAUAUGAUGAAUCAUUCAACUGAUACAAGUGCAGUUUCUACUGGUCAUGGAUUUCAUAUGAAAGAUAUGAUGAUGAUGGCAAUGACUUUCCAUGGUGGUUAUAAAGAACAAAUUUUAUUUGAUCAAUGGAAUACAAAAACAACUAGUGCAUUUGUUGCCUCAUGGUUUGCAGUAUUCUUCUUUGCUGUACUUUAUGAAGCAUUAAAAACAUUUCGAGAUGCAUUAGCUAGACGUGAUAUAUGUGCAACAUGUACUCAAACAGAAAAUCGUCAACAAACAGUUGUUCAUCCAGAUGAUCAUCAAGAGGAAAGACCUGGGGAAAAUGAUUUAUUAUCGCCUAUUAGAAUUGAAAAUCAUCGAAUCAAUCGAGCUCGUUUAUUAAGCGUUUCACAUUUAAUACAAACAUUGUUACAUAUUUUACAAAUGGCAUUAAGUUAUUUAUUAAUGCUUGUAGCUAUGACAUUUAAUAUAUAUUUAUUUUUUGCCAUUGUACUUGGUGCUGGUUUAGGCCAUUUUCUAUUUGGUUGGCGACGUUCAUCUGUUAUUGAUUAUAAUGAACAUUGUCAUUAA